GCGCCUGGCGCUGCAGAGCACGCUAUCCUGCUCCCAGCAGCUCCCCUCGCCGCGUACACCAGCCCGCCCGCGCCCACCAUGGCCACUGUUCAGCAGCUGGAAGGAAGAUGGCGCCUGGUGGACAGCAAAGGCUUUGAUGAUUACAUGAAAGAACUAGGAGUGGGACUGACUAUGAGGAAAAUGGGCGCAAUGGCCAAACCAGAUUGUAUCAUCACCCUUGACGGCCAGAAGCUCAACAUAAAAACUGAAAGCACUUUGAAAACAACACAGUUUUCUUGUACCCUGGGAGAGAAGUUUGAAGAAACUACAGCUGAUGGCAGAAAAACUCAGACGGUCUGCAGCUUUGUUGAUGAUGCAUUGGUUCAGCAUCAGGAAUGGGAUGGGAAGGAAAGCACAAUAACAAGAAAAUUGAAAGAUGGGAAGUUAGUGGUGGAGUGUGUCAUGAAUAAUGUUACCUGUACUCGAGUCUAUGAGAAAGUAGAGUAAAAAUUCCAUCAUCACUUUGGACAGGAAUUAGCUGAAAGAAUGAAGAAGCUCAGUUCAAUGAGCCAAUCUCCAGACUGCCUUUUUUUUUUCAUUACUGUGUUCAAUUAUCUCUAUUACAAGCAUUUUACAUGCAACUAUUUCAAAGUGUUGGUUUAACUAAGAUCAUCCCUUUGGUUAGUAAAUAAAUGUGUUUGUGCUAAUA